AUGCGAACCCGACUCGCGUAUGUUAUGUUAAUGCGAAUCGAAAUCGACAAUGUACUUUCCUCGGUGUGCACUGCACGCACAGCUGCAGCCCCGUCGAACCGCGGAUUAUUUGAUACAGCGUCGCGUUUCAGUCCCGAUCGAGGCGAUUCGAAGCGCGCCUUCCAGAUCGCCGGCGGUUGCGACUGCGUGCGCUCCGACUAUGUGUCGAUAAAUUGGUCGUCGUCGGGGAAAAAUCUGUGGACGGAUGGAUGGAUAGAUGGAUAGAUUUUCGACGGGACUCAUCAGCCAAGGAGUCGAUGUAGGCACAGGGAGCGUUAGAGCUGCUUUGGUAACGGACAGCGGAGAGAUUAAAAAAGUCAAAGUCGAAGAAACUAAAACUUGGAACGAUCAACCCGAUUUUUACGAACAAUCAUUCGAUAAUAUUUGGGGUGCUGCGAUCAACUGCGUCAAGGAUGUAAUACAAGGGAUUAAUCCAGAAGAAAUCAAAGGCAUAGGCUUCGACGCCACCUGCUCGUUGGUUUGUUUCGACAAGGAAGGCAAACCGCUGACUAUUAGCCCCGGAGGAUCGAACGAGCGCAACAUAAUCCUUUGGUUGGACCACAGGGCCGUCAAGGAGGCCGACGAAAUAAACAAAACCAACCACGAGGUCCUCAGGUAUGUGGGCGGGAAAAUAUCCCCGGAAAUGGAGACGCCGAAGUUGCUCUGGCUCAAACGCAACAUGAAAAAAACCUGGGACGAAGCCGGUUACUUCUUCGAUCUCCCCGACGCUUUGACGUGGAGAGCGACCAACGUGGAUUGCAGAUCAAAGUGUUCUUUAGUGUGCAAAUGGACCUACGAAAUGACCGAAGAGGGCGACGAGGGUUGGAAUCUUUCGUAUUUCCAGGAAAUCGGGAUGGAAGAUUUGUCUGCCAACUGCUGGAGGAAAAUCGGGAAUUGCAUUCAAGCACCAUGCGAACCGGUCGGAUACGGGCUGUGCGAAAGGGCCGCCGGCGAGUUGGGGUUGAAGAAAGGAACGCCUGUUGGGACGUCUAUGAUCGACGCUCACGCCGGUGGAUUGGGCUUGAUUGGUACCAAAGCAGAUGGAAUCGAUCCUGCGUUUCACACUCGUCUUAGCUUAAUUUGUGGAACAUCAACUUGCCACAUGGCUGUCUCACCGACCGCAAUUUUCGUCCCCGGCGUGUGGGGCCCUUACAAAGACGCCAUGAUUCCCGGCAUGUGGUUGAGCGAAGGCGGCCAAAGCGCCACGGGAAAGCUCAUCGAUUUCAUCAUCGAAACGCAUCCCGCCACUCCGGAAAUCAUGAAGAAGAAGGGCAACGAGCCGAUUAUGAUAUACCUGAACAAAAUUUUGGAAGACAUGGCCAAGAAGAACAAUCUACCGUCUGUGUCUCUCCUUACUCAUGACGUGCACGUUUGGCCGGAUUUCCACGGGAAUAGAUCGCCCAUUGCAGAUCCUUUACUGAAAGGCAUGGUGUCUGGUUUAACACUCGCAGGAGAUGAGGAAAGUUUGGCUUUACUAUAUCUGGCUACUAUCCAGUCUCUAGCGUACGGUACCCGCCACAUAAUCGACGCCUUGCGAAAGGCCGGUUACAAAGAAUUGAAAUCGUUGCUGCUGUGCGGCGGUCUCAGCAAAAACCCCAUCUUCACCCAAACCCACGCCGAGGUCUGCAAUCUGCCGCUGGUGUGCCCGGAAGAACCGGAAUCGGUGCUGUUGGGGGCCGCGAUAUUGGGCGCUUGCGCGUCGGGCACCUUCGGCAGCAUGAAGGAAACGAUCGCGGCGAUGGGCAGCAAUGGGAUCGUGGUGAAUCCUACCAGCGACAGGAACAUCGUGGAUUUCCACACGAAGAAGUACCAGGUGUUCCAUAUGAUGUACAAGCACCAAAUGGAAUAUAGGAACACUAUGCGAGGAUCACAAUGUGACCCCAGGUGUGCUGGCUCGUCUUGA